UCGCUCUAAUGGCGGUCUUAUUGUAUUGACGUUGGGAAAUGGGAAGUGAUCGCACGGCGAAAAAGCAGAAGAUGUCCGUUUUACAAGAACUCAAGAAAAUCACCACAAUUGUGGCUGACACCGGUGACUUUGAGGCCAUCAACAUAUAUAAGCCCACAGAUGCGACGACUAAUCCCUCUCUUAUUCUGUCCGCAUCCUCUAUGGAGCGUUACCAGCCUCUGGUGCAAAAGGCUGUGGAUUACGCCAAGGGCAAGAAGGGUUCAGUGAGUGAGCAAGUGGCCGAGGCCAUGGAUUACCUUUGCGUGUUGUUCGGAACGGAAAUUUUGAAGGUUGUGCCCGGUCGGGUUUCUACUGAAAUCGAUGCCCGUCUCUCCUUCGACACUAAGAGAAGUGUGGCUAAGGCUUUAAAGCUAAUCGAUCUGUACAAAUCUCAGGGCAUCGGCAAAGACCGAAUCCUGAUCAAGCUGGCAUCCACAUGGGAGGGCAUCAAGGCCGCUGAGAUCCUAGAGAACGAGCACGGCGUGCACUGCAAUCUGACACUCCUCUUUUCGUUUGCCCAAGCUGUUGCCUGCGCUGAGGCCGGAGUUACCCUGAUCUCGCCAUUCGUGGGCAGGAUCUUGGAUUGGUACGUGGCCAACACAGAGACCAAGAAAUUCGAGGCCCUUAAGGACCCGGGUGUAAUCUCCGUAACUAGCAUCUACAACUACUACAAGAAGUUUGGAUACAAGACCCUUGUCAUGGGUGCUUCAUUCCGUAAUGUGGGCGAAAUCAAGGCGCUGGCUGGCUGCGAUCUGCUCACCAUUAGUCCGUCGCUGCUCAAGGAGUUAGAGAACGAAACUGAUUCGGUGACCACUUAUUUGUCCGUGAGCAACGCCAAACAGCAGGACAUCGAGAAGAUCUCCGUGGACGAGAGCAAAUUCCGCUGGCUGCUUAACGAGGACGCAAUGGCUACCGAUAAACUAUCCGAGGGAAUUAGAAAGUUUGCCGUGGAUACUGUUAAACUCGAGAAUUUGAUUAAGACCUAUCUUAAAUAGACGUUCCUCUGGUCCCGGUCGCAGGUGUAGGACGAAUAUAACAGUUGUUAAAAAGACAAAUGAUUUUUUACUUUAAUAAAAACUAUAAUUAAAAA